GCUUAUAUUUAUAUUUAUAUUUACUCUAUUUACGAUGGAACCCCUUUCCGAAAUCGAUAUGUCGAAAGAAAGCUCAGAGGAGAAUGAAGCCAAAAGAAAGGCCAGAAGUAAAAGAGUUUUUUCGGAAGAGGAAAAACUCUGGAGGCGUGAGAAAGAAAGGCAAAGACGAAGGAAUCUCACCAAAGAAAAGCGGCAAGCAGAGAGAGAGAGAAAACGCAAAUCCAGGCGGGACUUCGAUUAUGAACAAGGAGAACAUGAUCGUGAACGAAAAAGGAAUAUGAGGCAAAACUUGACGGAUGAACCAAGAGAAAAUGAGCGUGAAAGACAAAGGAAUAUGAGGCAAAACUUGACGGAUGAACAAAGAGAAAAUGAGCGUGAAAGACAAAGGAAUUUGAAGCAAAACUACUAGCUAAGGCGACUCUCAGAUGCACAGAAAAAAUCGCUUUAGGGCAAGUUAUAGACCAAAGACAAUUAAAAAAACUUUCAUGUAUUCAAAGAUGGAUUAAGAAGUGUUCUCCAAGAAUUCAGGUGUGCGUUGUUUAGCAAACAAUCGUAUAUUAUUAUUUUUUGACAAG